GCUCCGCGAUAUCCAAAUCUGGCUUAAAAUCAAAACAACGUUGUAACAGAUGCCAGGUCGCCUCAACUCAACUAUUCGUAUUUUAUAUUUAUAUUUGCGUGAAAUAUAUUCUUAAUUAUUGUCGUGUGUUCUAAUUGAAUAGUUGAAAUGGAUAUAUAAUCCUUGACCAAAUAUGAACUCAGGAAAGAAGUCGAAGCCAAGCGCCAGGGCGCCUAGCGCAGCCACUCGAAGCUCUCUAAAGAAAAGCGAUAGAGCUUCUUUAGUUGCCGUUCCAGUUCGAGAUGCGUUGGCUGUCAUCUUUGCUGUCCGCUUCGCUAAUGCGCUCUGUGUACGCACCUUCUUCCAGCCGGACGAGUAUUUCCAAGCUCUCGAACCGGCAUGGAACAUGUUGUUCGGCAAUGAAGGUGGAGCAUGGAUAACUUGGGAAUGGAAACAUCAACUUCGCUCUUCUAUUCACCCUGCUGUAUUUGCCUUCGGGUAUUGGGUUGUCGAACAGUAUGCAGCUGCAGGAAUGUCUCCCAUUACUAAAGCCAAAUGGCUCAUCGCGGCACCUAAGCUCCUACAGACGGCAUUUGCUGCCUUGAGCGAUUUGUAUUCGUGGAGGCUUGCGGAGAAGCUGUAUGGUCAUGGAAGUGUUGCUGCCUGGUCCGUUCUAUUGAUGACAUUGCUUAAUCCCUGGCAAUGGUACACUUCAACCAGGACAUUCUCAAACUGCUUCGAGACCACGUUGACGGCCAUGGCUCUAUACUACUUCCCCUGGAGUCUUCUAGGCACCGAAGACGAUGGGAAUUCUAAAUCCAAGUAUUCGUCGGUCGCGCUCUUCAAGACGUGGGGUCAAGUAAAUAGUCUUCGGCUAUCUCUCAUCCUGGCCGCAUUUGCUGUUCUGUUACGCCCAACCAAUGUUCUAAUAUGGUUGGCUAUAGCUACCCUUGCACUGACAAGAGCUACUCUCGAUGGAAAGUCACCCCUUACUCAAAAGAACUUGCUCAUCGUAUAUAGGGAAGUCCUACUUUGUGGAUCAUUCGCCCUUGGGUUGUCUCUACUGGCGGACCGUCAGUAUUAUGGAGAAUGGACAUUCCCUCCCCUGACAUUUCUCCACUUCAACGUCGCACAAGACCUCGCGGUCUUCUAUGGCCAGAAUGACUGGCAUUAUUAUCUCUCUCAGGGUAUACCAUUGCUAUGCACAACAAUAGCCCCAUUCGUGGUUAAAGGCCUCUUCAAGUCCCUAGACGCGGAGUCGAACUGGCCAAUCACGACCUCUAACGCUUUAAAGGCAUUGUCAUUCACAGUAUUCACAACUAUAUGCUCCUUAUCCUUCGUCUCUCACAAGGAAGUCCGUUUUAUCACCCCACUCCUCCCAGCCUUCCACAUCCUAGCCGCCCCUUACAUAACAUCAUUCUUUACCACUGUCACCGACGUUACCUCCACCCCCACUUCAACCUUAGGCUGGAAGCGCACCCCUCUCCUCGCCGCCGGGCUUCUCGUCAACGCCGUCAUCGGCGGGUAUCUCUCAUACUUCCACGCCGCAGCACCCAUCGGCGUAAUGGACUUCCUGCGCACCGAGUUCGAGACCAUCCACCCAACGCACCUCGCUAUCCCGCAGCCUCCCAACGCCAACGCCGCGUACGAUGACGACUUCGCGCAGGAGCUAUUUGCGCUAUUCCUCACGCCAUGCCACGCCACACCCUGGCGCUCGCACCUCGUGUACCCCGCGCUGCGGGCGCGCGCCCUAACCUGCGACCCGCCCGUCAACACGCUACCAGGGUCGCCCGAGCGGGCGUCCUACCAGGACGAAACGCGCCGCUUCUACGCGGACAGCCCGGCGUUCCUAGGUGACCUGUGGCCCCGCGACCGUCCCGGUGAGGACAUGGCGCGAUACAUCGUCGGCUACGAGGGCAUCGAGGCCGCACUGCGCGAGUACUUCGACUGGUCCGGACCCGGGGGUAGGCAUAAGGUAGAGUUGAAGGAGGUCUGGAGUUCGUGGAAUGGGCUUUUUACCGAUGAUGAUAGGAAGGCGGGGCGGCUGGUCGUUUGGGCUACGGGGUUUUAUGAUAAGCCGUCGACUUAUGAACCGUAGGUAUUUAGGUGAGAGAUGUUAGUAUGUUGAGUUGUAUAUUAUUAUAUGAAAAGCCUUGGAGCACGUAAAUUUUGUUCCAGAUAUAUCUGCGCAAAACCAUUAUAUACCGUAUACGCCUACAUCCUAAUUCCCAGUUUCAAACGCCGCGACUCACCAUCAUCUAACACCCAUCCAUCUAUGCAAAUACAAGAACU